CUUUUCAGGCAGAAACCGGUGAAUCGGUGAAAGCGGCCAAGCCCUCCCUGCAUCUCAUUACUGCUUUAAGCUUCUUCUAUUUUCCUUUAAACUUGAAGGAAUUGACGGCAGAGACGCGGACGGAAGGCGCAUGCAGUGUGGCCAUGCUGAGAGAGCAGCCGGCGUGGGGUUAGGAUGUCUGACGAUGAAGAGGAACAGCUGAACCAGAGGAAGAGUGAAAGAGAGAUCUGCUUCAUCAGUGAUGACAAUAGAGAUUAUGGAAGUGAUGAAGAAUGGUUUCAUGACCAGUCCCACAGCGCCCCCUUCAGGUCGGAGAAUGAGGCUCAGGGUGGCGAUCCGGCUGUGUGGCAGUGCACCCCUCCCCCAUCUACCUCGCCUUCGGCGGAGACGCCGCACCACCCACCCACCUCGCAGUCCUUGUCCAGACCCCACUCUAGGCCGGCAAGCCAAAGCCACGCCCCUCCCUCCGCCCUGACGGGAACCAAGAAGAGGAGCUCCAAGCCGGCCCACAUGAGACGAAACAUCAGGAAAUUGUUGAGGGAACAUCAGUUAGAUGCAGUGACCAAAGUCGCCCAGCAGGAGGAGCUAGAGCGAAGGCAACGUCUGGAAGAUCAAAGGAAGCAGGAUUUUCCCGUACCGCUACUGCCUGAAUACACAACCGUUUCUGACUUACAUGUUGCAUUCUUCAUGUCCCCGUCCUCAGGCGAUGUUACUCAGCAUGUGCCCUCAUCGUCUGCAUCAGUGUCAUUCCAGCAAAAAGUAAAGUCCACCAGACAGGAUGGGAUGUGCCUGGAGUCCAGCAGCACGAGUAUCAGCACAGAUAAAUGCAAGACUGACACACUCACCUCUGCAGCAACAGUGCAAACACAAAAAACAGAAAUAAUAGAUUUGAGGACAGAUGACCAUGACACUGUUGCUCAAGUCUCCAAAGAGGAAGAAGAGAGUGAGCCUAGUGGUGCACAUGCCAACGAUACCCAGAACCAACCAGACGCCCAAGGCAGGGUGCUCGUCAACCUCAACCAUCCAGAGGCAGAUGAGGACAUUUUCCUGUCACCACAGCUGGCGCGAGCAGUCAAACCUCACCAGAUCGGUGGAAUCCGUUUCCUGUACGACAACUUGGUGGAGUCCCUGGAGCUCUUCAGCAACAGCAGCGGCUUUGGCUGCAUCCUGGCUCACAGCAUGGGCUUAGGCAAAACGCUUCAGGUCAUCUCCUUCAUCGACGUCUUGUUCAGGCACACUCAAACUCACACUGUGCUCGCCAUCGUACCGGUGAACACACUGCAGAACUGGCUGUCAGAGUUCAACACAUGGGUCCCUCCUCCUGAAGCAUUACCUCCAGACACUGAUCCUGCAUUGGUUGCACCGCGUGCAUUUAAAGUUCACAUCCUCAACGAUGAACACAAAAACACAGCGUCUAGGGCCAAGGUGGUGGAGGACUGGUCUCGGGAUGGUGGUGUCCUGCUGAUGGGUUACGAAAUGUACCGUCUCCUGUCUUUGAAGAAGAGCUUUGUGGCUGGGCGGAAGAAGAGGAGCAAAAAGACCGGAGCACCUGAUAUCAUAAACCUGGAUGAAGAAGACAGACAGCAGCAACUUCUAAAAGGUGUUGAGAAAGCUCUUUCCCGACCCGGUCCAGAUGUGGUGAUCUGUGAUGAAGGACAUCGCAUUAAGAACUGCCACGCCAGCACGUCUCAGGCCCUAAAGAACAUACGAACCCGGCGGCGUGUAGUAUUGACCGGCUACCCGCUCCAGAACAAUCUCAUCGAGUACUGGUGCAUGGUCGACUUUGUCCGUCCCGACUUUCUAGGAACAAGACAGGAGUUCAGUAACAUGUUUGAGCGACCCAUCCUUAAUGGACAGUGUGUGGACAGCACGCCCCAGGAUGUCCAGCUGAUGAGGUACAGGAGCCACGUCCUCCACAGCCUGCUGGAAGGCUUUGUGCAGAGACGAGGCCAUGAUGUCUUGAGGGAUCAACUUCCCUCUAAGGACGAGCAUGUGAUCCUGGUGCGUCUGUCUCCCCUGCAGAGGGCACUCUACACUGAGUUCAUGAACCGCUUCAGAGAGGCAGGGAACACCGGCUGGCUCAGCCUCAACCCCCUGAAAGCCUUUUGUGUCUGCUGCAAGAUUUGGAAUCAUCCAGACGUGCUGUACGAAGCUUUGCAGAAAGAAAACCUGGCAAGUGAGCAGGAUUUGGACCUUGACGACAUCACAUCCACUUCACAGGGCAGAUGUCCGACGGCAGCACCGGCUCCAAAGUCAAAGAGUUUGGACAACACAGAUCCAAUCUGUGGACUGAGUCUGAACCAGCUGCAGGAAAAAGCCAAUCAGGUCAUCACGUAUGAGUGGGCGAAAGAACUGAUGUGUGACUAUAAGCCUGGCAUCCUGGAGAACUCAGCAAAGAUGGUGCUUCUGUUCCACCUGAUAGAGGAAAGUGUCAGGAAAGGAGACAAAAUCCUUGUGUUCAGUCAGAGUUUGUCCACACUUACUGUGAUCGAGGAUUUCUUGGCCAAGAGACCAGUGCCUCCUUCACCAAAUCCAACCGACAAAGACCGACCCAACCAGAACUGGGUCCGCAAUCUCAACUACUACAGACUGGAUGGAAGCACAACAGCUUCAGAGAGAGAAAGGCUGAUAAAUCAGUUCAAUGAUCCGACCAAUACCUCAGCCUGGGUUUUCCUACUUUCAACCAGGGCUGGUUGUCUGGGUGUGAACCUGAUUGGAGCGAACCGAGUGGUAGUGUUUGACGCCUCUUGGAACCCCUGCCAUGAUGCCCAGGCUGUGUGUCGCGUGUACCGCUACGGACAGAGAAAACCGUGUAACAUCUACCGCCUGGUGUGCGACUUCACUCUGGAGAAAAAAAUUUAUGAUCGUCAAAUCUCCAAGCAGGGAAUGUCUGACCGUGUUGUGGACGACCUGAACCCUGUGCUGAAUUUCACCAGGAGGGAAGUCGAGUCCCUUCUUCACUUUGUGGAGGAGGAACUUGAUCCAUUCCAGGUCCGGCUGCUGCCUGGAGAAAUCAGGGAGAGCGUUCUGCAGAGAGCUUUGCAUCUCUACUCCCACCUAAUCACCAAGCAACCCUUCCCCCAUGAGUCCCUCCUGAUAGACCGCAGGGAGCUAAAACUGAGCAGCGCUGAGAAGAAAGCCGCCAAGAAGGGCUAUGAGGAGGAGAAGAGGGCGUCUGUGCCGUACACACGUCCGUCCUACGCUCACUAUUACCCUGCCAGUGAUCAGAGCCUCACCAACAUCCCUGCUUUCAGCCAGAGGAACUGGCGCCCUCCCACUCGCACAGAGGAGAAACCAGUGGCAAGCGUCCGGCCAGUUCAGUCUGCAUCAGCUCCCAUGAUGCCCCGCCAUGUGGCUGCGGGUUCAGCCCAAGACCGCGGCUCCUCUUCAUCCAGCCUUGGAGGCUUCCCUGUCAACUGCCUGCAAAAAGCUGGGGUGUUUGUGCAAAAGAUCGUCACCACUACUGACAUAGUGAUUCCAGGCACCAACAACUCAACAGACGUUCAGGCGAGGAUUAACUCCGGAGAAAGCAUUCAUGUUAUCAGGGGCACAAAAGGGACAUAUAUCAGGACAUCCGAUGGCCGAAUCUUUGCCAUUAGAGCAGCUAACAAGGCUAAGACUGUGGAUGAGAGUGUUGCAGCUCCUCCCAAAGACUUGAAGGCUCCAACUCAGGAAGUUUCCUCCGGUGGCAGCAAUGGUUGCAUAUCCCCUGACAGGAAACCGAAGGUACCCGCCAAAGCUGUGCCCCGCCCUCUUUCCCCCGACAGCCCAGAGAUCAUCAGCGAGCUGCAGCGCUACGCGGCCGGCUCGGGGUCUGACGCCACAGACGGAGAAGCUGAGAGCGGCACGAACGCCCCGCCUUCUAACAAGCUGCUGCAGAAAAAUUGUGGCAGCACUUACUCUGGGGAAGCCUCGAGCCACCAUGAUGCCUCAGUUACUAAUGUAACCCAGUCGAACAAGGACACCUGCAUUCCCCAGGAUUUGAGAAUAGGCAGCAAGCGUAAAGCCCCCAGCCCAUCGAUAGAGGAGCGAGCCGGCAAGCAGCCAUACGCAGGAAAGCACUCCUCAUCUUCGCCAGGGUUCCCAUUCUCUGGGGGCUAUGGCCUUCCCCCGAUGGGUCUCAACUCGGCCAUGUUGGGCGGUUCAGUGUGGCAUCCCCUCUUCAUGGGGUCGAGCUCACACUACUUCCAGCCACCCAACAGCCAGCUGGCCGACCCCACUUACAUGUACCGAGACAUGUUUGGCUUGAGCGGAGUCAGCGUCGCCCCUUCUUCCUCAUCUCAGUCUUCGUCGACCACAGUCACAACUUCUGCCUCGUCAUGUCCCUCUACGUCAGUCAGCGCCGCCGGUUCUCUGACGGGAGCCCUCCCGCCGUACAUGUUGGGCCCCAGCAUGGCUGGGAUGCUCCCGCCAGGCUUCCCUCUGUCAUACAGUCCGUCUCUAGCCGGCCUGUACUCUGGACCGAUGCUGCCAGGUCCAGCUGCCACCCCAGGUCCAGCCGGAGCCAGUUUCCUGUCUCAGUACCCCCAAACUGCAGCCUCUGGCUCCUCCUCCUCCUCCUCCCCUUCCUCGUUUUCCCCUUCAGCGCGCUCAGAAAGCCACCGCAUCCCGGUUCUGGAGAACGGCGGGGAGGUCAGUGGCGGCAGCAGCUCUGAUGAUGAUGAUGACGUCAUCGAGAUGAUGGGACAGUAAGACAACUUUCAGUUCGACGUGUUAGUCAGACUGCAGUGUCCUCUGAGGGAGGAUGGACAACGAAUUAAGGAAAGUUAAGGUCUAAGAUCUUCAUUUUGGUCACCUGUAUUGCCUUGGAGGAACAACCUGAAGGGUGACUGAAUAGACUGGACACUGAGUGACAAAUGUUGAUGCUGAAUAUCAAAAUGUGAAGCAUUUAAAAAUAUCCAGAGGGGAUGAAAGGGGAGGGUUUUAAAUUCUAUGGACUUUGAGCUUCCAGAUUUGUUUGUCCAAUCCUGGUAUUAAAAAGCUCAUCACUGGACUGAGAACUGCUGAGUGUGAGCCUGUAGUGACUACAAACCGCCAUUAGUUGAACUGUCAACGUUAGAGAUUCUGCAGUAGUUCUGCAGCUUUGCAAAACGUGAAGACUCUUUGCUCAUAGCUAAUCAAAAUGGCAGCCAGAAGCUGGAGUUUCUCUUUAUGUGAUGGUUGAGGUUUUCUUUAAGUGAGGUUUUGUUAAAUAGUUCUAACUUUUUUUGGUAUAUUUAAAAUAAAUGCAGAUCAGUCGAACCCAAAGCCUGACGAUAACAGCCAGUCUGUUAAGAGCCUUAGAACAACUCUGCUCUAUCACAGCAAUCCAUGUGAAGGCUCUUUGAUGAGUGUAAACCAUCAUUGCGUUUGCUUUUGGCUGGAAUUUACACAGACGCUGAUGAUUACAUAAACAGGAAAUUGAGGUUGGAGGAUGUGCGCCACCAGUGAUCUUCCCAUGUGAAACGCACACUGAGAAUGGAACAUGUAAAGUGUCUGCAGUUAGAGUCACAUUUUGAUAUUAAAAUUAAGGUUUUUAAGAAGAAAAAAUGUAAUUGGAGUUUAAGUGGACAUUAUUUUAUACGUUUUUGCACUGCCUUGCCAUGCGUAUUAGGCAGUCCAGAAACGUGUGCUUUUUCCUCUGUUGCAACUCUGCCUCCUGUGCCCACUCCCUGUGUAAAUAAUUAGCGCCAUCUUUCUCAACAUCAUCACCAAGUUUACUUCCUAGAGUAUGAAGCUUUGGCAAUUGGAGUUUUCUUAAGAUGGUGGAAGGCUGCUUUGGUCUGAGCUUCUUUCGGACUAGACAUUAGCAUUAGCCUUUAGCCCAAGCUAAUCAGGAUUUUGACUAAAUGAAGACACCAGAGUUAGCCAAGGCAGUAGGAGUCUAACUGCUUAAAACAUCAUAUCAGAGCCUCACUUUGAAAAUCCUGACCUAUCCCAUUAAAGAAAAAUCUCCUUCCAGCUGAGGUAGCUUGUAGUAAAUGUGUUCAGUAAGUGAAAGUUUUGUCAUUUGUUGAAUACUGCUACUGAAUAUUUCCUUGGACAUCUAAAGAAAAUAGCUAAAAAUAUCAAACCAAACUCAGAAAAAAAAGAAUUGUUGCGCUUAAUACAUCACUGCCAGGACAGGAUGUCUUGUAUUUUUUUUCUCUUUGAAGGGUGAAAUGAUGUGACAUCUUAAGGCUUGAUGAGGUUUGAAAACAUUUUACUGAAACUUAAAAACUCCAGUGAAAUAAGAAUGUACGAAUAAUCAAAUGCCUUCAUAUCGGGCCUUUUUCUGUCUGAAAAGAUUCCUUCUAUUUAGGCGUGGGUUGUGGGAUGGUUUUCUUUUUUUCUUUUUAUUAAUGUCUACUGUAUUUUUAUGUACGUAAUCUACUUUUACAAAAAAAAACAACAAACAAACAGGUGAUCGCCUAAAAACAGGCAGGUGGAAAAGAAAAAAAAAAAGCUAAUGAGGCGUCAUCCUUGUAGCGGAGAAACAACCAACAGAAGAUGCCUUUAUUUGCCUCCCAUCUUUCUGAAUGUUAGCUGUGAGAAAGAAGAGGUAAAGGGAGACUGGAUCUCACCCACAGUCUUACUGUAGCCUAGUUGAAAACGAUGCAAAACACUCACUAAAGCCUAUAUGUACUGAUACGACCCUAGGGGGCGCUGGGCUUCACAGCCCCCCGCCCCGCGGUCCCUCAAAGCUUUGGUUACGCUCGUGUUGUUACUGUGUUUGUGUCGGCGCCUUGUCUUUCUAAAGGUUACAAAAGGAAUCAUUUUCAAGAAGUGAAAAAUGCAAACGUCCGACGUCAAUUCAUGCUUUCACUCUGCUGCGUUGUUUUGUUUUUUCUCACUCAUUGUCUCUCUGUCUGGUGCUGUGAGCAGAGUUGAAACGUAAAACCAAACUUCAUUUUGGAGAUAUCGUGUGGCUUUUCCAAAAAACAAAAACAAAACAAAAAAGAAACACAGCACAAACUCACUAGAAAUCUCAAAAACAAAGAGGAUCACAUUUUAGAGCAGGUAUUGAUUGCAGAGCAGAAGUU